UUAUAAUAGCUGGCACCGUCCUUACUGUCUUACCCAACUCUAACUUUCCUCCUCCAUUUUCUCCCGAUCCCAAAAACUCUCAAUCAACCGAAUUCAAAUUUCAAAAUCAAAUCCCAAAUCUCAAUCCUUCUCUAGUCUCCAACCAUGGCAGCAUCAUCAGCAAGAGAUGAGAAUGUUUACAUGGCGAAACUCGCUGAACAAGCUGAACGUUACGAAGAAAUGGUGGAAUUCAUGGAGAAAGUCGUUUCCGCUGCUUCUGAAGGCGAAGAACUUACUGUUGAAGAACGCAACCUUCUUUCUGUUGCAUACAAAAAUGUAAUUGGUGCUCGCCGUGCUUCUUGGAGGAUCGUUUCAUCGAUCGAGCAAAAAGAAGAAAGUCGUGGAAACGAAGAUCAUGUUUCAACCAUUAGAGGUUACAGAUCUAAGAUUGAAUCUGAACUUUCUAAUAUUUGUGACGGUAUUCUCAAAUUGCUUGAUUCUAAGCUUGUUCCUGCUGCUUCAAAUGCCGAUUCAAAGGUGUUUUAUCUUAAGAUGAAAGGUGAUUACUAUCGUUAUUUGGCUGAGUUUAAGACUGGAUCUGAGAGAAAAGAAGCUGCUGAGAAUACUCUCACUGCUUACAAAUCUGCUCAGGAUAUUGCAAAUGCUGACUUGCCUCCAACCCAUCCCAUCCGGCUUGGUCUUGCACUCAACUUCUCAGUUUUCUACUAUGAGAUUCUCAACUCUCCUGAUCGUGCCUGCAACCUGGCUAAACAGGCCUUUGAUGAAGCGAUUGCCGAGUUGGACACCCUAGGGGAAGACUCCUACAAAGACAGUACUCUGAUCAUGCAGCUUCUCCGGGAUAACCUGACUUUGUGGACUUCUGACAUGCAGGAGGAUGGAGCUGAUGAGAUCAAAGAAGCGUCCAGCAAGCAGGAAGAAGAAAAGUGAGAGCUGGUUGUUUAGAACUAGGUUUUAGGAUUGAAAUGGUUAAUUUUAAAGUUGAGGGUGCUGCUGAAUUAUUUGACAGUUCCUAGCUGUUAUCUUGAUUCUAAGUAUUAUUAGACUAAAACUUAUUUUUCAUGAAUAUCUCAAAUGGCAUGAUGCAUUGAUGCUUACUUCACUA